GAGAGAGAGGCUGCUACUGUUAACUUGUCUCUUAGAUAUCAUUUCUGACAGGAUGUAAAAAAGCCGAACAGGCUUUGUUCUGACAUUUCGGAAGGCAGUAUUCGUCUCAGCUUUUAGACCCACGCUGCGCUUUUACGCACAAGUCUUGAGACGUCAGAGAGAGAGAGCAGAGUGCCGUGCCAGACUUCGCUGUGUAGAGGAAGUAUUGCUGUAGGUUAAAGAUGAUCCUGCUGCUCGCUCUGCUUUCUGUUCUCUGCGGAGAACCGGGUUUGUGCCUGGAGGAGGAUGGAGACUUCACGUUUAAUGGAGACAUCCGUCAGUUCGCCGUGACCUCAAACACACUUUACGUCGCCACAAAGGAGAGCCUGUACCAGCUGAGCCACGGCCUGAGUCUGAUCAACAGUCUGACCCAGAGAGGGAUCUUAAAGACCGGAAACCAGCAGGAUGACGUCCAGUUUUACCGCGUUUCUGAGGCAGCUGAGUGGAACGCAACUUUCAGCAUCAACGUGCUGUUGCCUUUCACAAAGAACGACUCUCUGAUCAGCUGCGGUGUGACUGACGAUGACUGCGGUUACUGCGAGAUUCUGGACCUGAAGAACAUCUCCAACCUUCUGUACAGGGAACACAUCCAGGUGGGACCUCCGAAGAACAGCAGCAGGUCUGUCAGCUUUCUGGUGGAUGUGAAGAAGAAAACUCAGACUGACGCUUACAUUCUGACCGCGAUCCAACAAAACAAAGAACAGCCCGAAAACAACAAGUGUGGUAUUAAUCAGCAGGCUGUCAAGCUUCAGGAUACGGAUAACAAACCUGGGGAAGGUAUUUUUUCUAUGACUGAUGGAGCUUCAGGCACACCUGGGAUCAAAAGUAAAGGUGAUGUGGAGUUUGUUGACGGGUUUCAGAUCAGUUCAACCAUCUAUCUGUUCUCCAACGCGCUCUCAGCUCGAACAAACAGAGUCCGUCUCAUUUGGCUCGAAGGCGAUAAAAGUAAAACUGACACACUCAAGUCUCUGCGGGGCGCGACUCUUAAUGUCUCUGACGGUGAGCGCAGCAGACUCGUGGCCUCCUCGGUCAUCCCGGGGGAGCAGCCGGUGCUUUGGAGCGGCGUGUUCAGUAUCGACGGAGGAGACACCGACACCGAGCUGAUGUUGUUUGACAUCAGCCCUGAUUACAGCACGAACACCGACAGAGAUCCAGACUUCUACACCUCUGUGCCAACAGAAGUGACGCCAAAGAUCCUGAAACCGAAGGCAGUGCUCUUCAGGCACAUCUCCAUGACCUCUGUGCUGGCAGUGAGGCAGAGAGGCUGGAUGGUUUUCUUCAUUGGGACAGGAGACGGGCAGCUCAUUAAGCUGUCUGUGGACAGGAACUAUCGCGCUGGCUGUCCCACGGUGCUCUACAGAACCAGUGAUGACCGCAAAGUGUUUCCCAAAUUACACCUGGAUCCAGUGGAUCAGAAACAUGUGUAUGUGCCAUUUAGUAACCAGAUAAAGCGAGUUCCUGUGUCGAAGUGCAGCACGUACACAAAUCUGCAGGCGUGUUGGUCUGCACAGGAUCCAUACUGUGUGUGGUGUGGCUCUAAACGCAGCUGCACUUUUGAAGAUGACUGCACAGAUUCAGACUGGCUGUCCAUUCCCGAUGAGUCCCAACACAAAAUGAUUUCCCACAGAGUGGAAAAGGACACAAACGGACAGAUCUCACUAAAAAUCCACACACACCUGUCUGUGGGUGAAGAAGUGUUAUCGAGGUUUGCCUGUCAGUUUGCUGCGAGGUCCGGCUCGAUUUGUGUUCCGAAUAGCCCUCCUCCACAGUUCCCACAAUGCACCUGCAUCCUGUCUGAUCGUACACUUCCUGCUGAUGGUCUUGAUGUCACAGUAAAAUUCAGACUUGGGACAUCACCACUGUCACAACAACUGGAGUUAAACGACUGCUCUAACAUCAGGGGAGCGCCAAGUUUCGAGUUGUGUCAGAAGUGUAUCGAAGCUGGUUGUGGAUGGAACAAAAACAGCUGUUCCUGGGCUAACCAAGGAAAGACUGAUGACAGAGCUUGCAAAGAUUUGGAGUCUGGAAAGAAAUCUGGGCCGGAGAUCUCCUCCAUCACUCCCAGUGUGGUGUCUUUCUAUGGGAGUAAACAUGCGGUGUUAUCAGGUCAAAACCUUGGUUAUGUGACACGAGUGAGGAUCCAGACGCACGCUGAAUGUGCUCCAAAAGAGUCUCCUAUUUGGGACAACGCUGGCGUCAGUCUGGCGUUCAACAUUCCCAGCACAGAUAUCAAAGGUGUGGUCCGUGUGUGUGUUAUCCUAGAAGAUGGUAGUUGCCAUGGUGACGCCAACAUCACUUACCGCUCAUUGCCAUCCUGCGGCAACAUUACUCCAAGCAGCAGCUGGAUGAGGUAAAAUUAGUU